AUGCUUAGUUUAUUCGUAUACCUCGUCUGUGACAUAACCUAAUAAUAUUCAUAACUCAGAUGAAACAUGGCAAGUCGUUUCAAUGUUUUAUUAACGUUUGUACGUGGUCAUCGACAGUAUACAAGAGCGUGGCUCAAGGAUGCCAUUAGAUACGAAAAAGUCAAGUUUCAUCCACACAAAAUAGACCAUGUAGAUCCUCCAAUUGUACCAUCGAAAGUUUUAAUGGUUUUUAGAGUAAAACCUUGGAAGGGUAAUCCCUACUGGGAGAAAGAUACACUCUCACAUCUGGGAUUUGAAGAAAAGAAAAAUGAACCAAUAUUUGUGAAAAACAUACCAGAGAUAUGUGCCAUGCUUUGGAAAGUUAAACAUUUAAUAAAAAUUGUCCCACUGAAAUUACCUGAAAAAUUACCAAAGACAAUUGAUGAGUUUACCACGUAUUAUAUACAUGAAAAUGGUACAAUUCAUGAUACUGGGAAAAUUGAUCCUGCACGUUAUCAGGCUACUAUGGAAGCAAAGAAUAACAUUAAAAAAAUGAAUCAUUAUACUAUUCGGGAACAGCUUAGACUAAGAUGGAUAAAAGGAAAUCUUAUAUAAUAUAAUAAAUAUUAUAAUAUAUGUAUAUAAUAUGAUAUAAUAAAUAUUUUAUAUAUAUAUAUAAAAU